AGGAACUGAAAUGGAAUGAACAACGAACGACACAGCAGCGGCUGCGAGUGCAAAGAUGUCCGCUAUAGUUCACGACCCUGCUUAACGUUAGCAGAAAAUAGAUUUAAAUAAAUACUAUACAAACAAUGUCGGAACUUUGUCAGAAAUUUGGUGUUUAUUGUUUUUGAUUGGUGCCAGUAUUAUAAUUCGCGGUCAAGAUGGAUGAUUAUACAUCGCAUAUUUCAAUGAGUUCUUUAAAUUCUGAUUACAAUGGAGACAUGACGACGACAACACACGAUGGAUUGGUUACUAUUAAACAUGAACCACAAGAUAUUGAGGAAGAAAAUUUUCACAUUCAAACCACACAAUUUUUACCAUUUUUAAAUCAGGAACCCGUAACGAUUCAUAAUCAACAAACGAUCAAUAACUAUACAAAAAGAUUUGAUUUAAAGGAAUGCUACAUUUGUCUUGAGAAAUGCGAUAAAAUAUGGGAAACAUUGAAAGUAAUUAAAAAUCUUCAAACACCAAAAUCUAGUAAGAGCAAUAAAAAUCAGAAGACAACAACUAAAAAUAAUAUUCAAAAUCAAUUAAAAAUUGCAUCACCAAUUCCAUAUCAACCAGUUUUAAACAAUGGAAAUUCAUCAUUACCUAAUUUUCAAUUUGCCAUUAAAAGUUGGAAGAGAUUAUAUACAUGCACCUAUUGUGGUAAGCAAUAUGUGGAUAAUCGAAGUUUAAAAUCUCAUCUUUUGAAACUUCACAAUGUAACUACAGAAGCAGAUUUAUCACAAUCAAAAGAAAUUCCAUCACCAAUUGAGAUUCCACGUCCAUUAGAAAUUACACGAAAAAAAGAAAUUACACGUUCAAAAGAAUUUCCACGUCCAAUGGAAAUACCAAAAUUUCAGGAAUUUCCCCGAUCAACUGGAAAAACUGUUGAUCCUACAAAACCAUUAGUUUGUGAUACUUGUGGUGUAAGAUAUUCAGAUGCUCGUUCACUCGCCAGUCAUUCACUUCGAGUACAUGGAAUUCUCACUGAAUUUCAUGAAAGAUGGUUGGCACAACAGGAGAAUCCAAAUGACUAUACUGUUGAGGAUUUACUGAAACGUCAUUCAUGUAAUUCCUGUGGUAAAAAAUACAGUUGCAUGAAAAGUUUACGACUACAUUAUUUACGUGAACAUAAUUUUGUUUUGCCACCACAGCGAGCUGGACGACAAAAAAUAUUUAAACAACCUUCCACAACUGCCUUGAUACAUACAGGUGAUUUACAAAAACACAUGAAUGUUUGCACAAUAUGCGGUAAGAAAUAUACGAAAAAUUGGUAUCUACGAGUUCAUUGUCUCGAAGUUCAUGGUAUUCCAAUGGUUUGCAAUAGAACGAAAAAGAAUUUUAAACCCACAUUGCGCGUUAUUAAGAAAGAAGUCAUUGAUGAGCCGGAAAUAAAUAAAAAUUUACCCCCCACCGAUAUAAAUUUCCCACUAACAUCAGUGAAACAAGAGGUAACCGAAACAGAAAUACCAGCUAAAAAUCUACUCAAAAUGUAUCAAUGUACAGCGUGCAAGAAAGAAUACAUUUCCAUUUCAAAAUUACGUACUCAUUGUUUUGCACUUCAUGGAAUUAUAAUACCAAGGAUUCGUAAAUCUUACAAAAAAUCAAAUAACACAAAUAUCCCUACCGAAGUGAAAACAGAUUCAAAAUUAAAAGUCUCCACACCCAAACAAGUGAGUCUCGAUCGUUAUUUCAAAUCACCAAUAAAUGGAGAAAAUGUUAUUACAAAUACCACACAAAAACUCACCAAAAGAGUAAAGGUAUCCAGGGAAGUUCCAUCUGAGAUGGAGAAAAAAGUAUUAAAAGACUUACCCAAAGAAAGUCCACCUUCAAAAACAGUCAUUCAACCAAAAGCACCGGUCAAUCUAAUCAGAUGUAAUCUCUGCUCGUGCAAUUGUAAGGAUAUCAGAAAGCAUUAUAUCGCCUAUCACAAGAUUCGUUAUCCAGAGUCAAAUGUUAUGAAGGAUUUAGCAACAACCAGUGACAAUAGCAGCAUCACAUUAUCAUCAGCAACAGAGAAACAAUCGGAUUCUAUUAUCAAGAAACAACCGCCAAGAAAAAGAAGACGUAAAUUCAUCACAAUGGGCAAGAAAAAGAAACGAAAAAUUGAUAAUACACCAAUUGAAUCAAUACCAAUGAUGAUGGAAGUAGAUGAGGUUGAAAAUCAAAAAAUUGUAUCAAAAUUUGACGAGAGUCAAAUCAUUAUCAAGAAGGAAUCUCCAAAAACAAUUGUUCCCAUCAAGACCCAAUAUAAAUGUAAUAUUUGCGGUGGAUAUUAUGCUACUCCAAAAAGUUUGAAAAUUCAUCGUCAACUACAUCGAAUGAAAGGCGAGACAAAAAAUAAUAUACAUCUUAUAUCGCACAAAUACAAAAAUAGAUGUAAGACACCGAAUUUGUUGACACAGAAAAAUAACGAGACGUUCAAUGAGGAUUUGGAUGGAAGUAUGGGAAAUGAUUCGCGAACAUCUUCUAAUGAAAGUAUUACACCAUCAUUGUCGUCAGCAUCAUCUACAACGGAUUCGGUAGAUAGAUCAGUGAAAUCAUCAUCGUCUUCAUCAUCACGAAAAAUCUAUAGUGCAAGUGAAACAACCUGUGAAUGCGGACGUGGAUUCCGUGAUCCUCAUACAAUGUAUCUGCAUAAGGAUAAAUGUCCGACAGUUAUUAAAAUGGAACGGGAUAAAAUUAUAGUGGCAAGAUCAAGUAGCGAUCGUGAUUCUGGAAUUGGAAUUAGCAUUACAAUAAAGAAGAAGAAUGAUUCCUAUGAGAUAGUUAGCCGUGACAGUGGUGAUGAUGACAAGUCAAAGGAUUCCAGUAUUUCAAAGGAUUCUGAUCAGAUGUCUCAUUCGUCGGAUAGUAAUUUCUCCAGUUCGGUUUUCAAUGACAGAAAAUUCCUCGACUUGAUACCUGGACAGUGCAGCAAAGAUCACAGCGUUCUUAAGAUUGAAGAUGCCGAUGAUGAUGUUGAUGUCGACAUCGAAGACGACAGUCAAACAAACAACAGUGAAGGCGAAUUAAUGCACACAUCCAUCUCAAGAAAAGAAGCAAAAUCAACUAAAGAGAUUGAUGAAGACGAUGUAAUUAAUGACAACGAUAAUAAUCGAACAAUCGAUCCAUUAGAUAUGGAUCUUUAUAGAUGUGCAAUUUGUCUUGAACUCUUCAAAGACAUGGAGAGUCUCACAAAACAUAUGUCACUUCAUGAAUCAAUGCGUGUUGUACGACAAGAAUGUCCAUGUGGAAAGACUUUUAGAGGUGCUCAAAGUUUUUUAACUCACGUAGAAAAAUACCAUCCAUUAUGGCUUCAAUGUGGUUAUUGUGAUGUUACUUUUCUAAGUAGCAAAGAAUAUUAUUCACAUUCUUGUGACGUAAACAAAAAUGGUAAAGAAUUUCAAGAUUUACAAGAAAUUAUUUGUCAUUAUUGUUCAACGAAAGUGCGUAUGUUAAAUUUUGAAUCGCACGUCAAAGCCCAUCAUUUCAUACGGGAGAAACCAUUUUUGUGUUAUUUUUGCAAAAUGCGAUUUUCAACAAAGAGACAGAGAACAAUUCAUUUAACAUCCGAUCACGCUAAACCAAAUUGUCAAAUUUGCGGUCAAACAUUGCGUUUUGAUUUUGUCGCUAAACACGAAGCCUAUCAUCAAGGUCUUGGCUAUCCUUGUCAUACGUGUAAAAAAGCUUUUGCUUCCUUUAAACUAAUGAAACAUCAUAGAUUCGAUGUUCACACUAGAGACGAUGUUAAGUGUACCAUUUGUAUGAAGACUAUGACUCGAAAACACAUUAAAUAUCACAUGGAAUCUCACAGCAUUAAGGAGAAAUGUAAAUUAUGCACUAGUACUUUUCUCAAUAACACUUCAUUUGAGAAUCACAUUAAAUCAGAACACAAUAAUGUUUAUCCAUUUUUAAAAUGUGACACCUGCAAUGAAACAUUCAUCGUUGAGAAAGAAUUAAAAAAGCAUUUUGCCCAAAAUUUAUGCAACAAAAAUGUUGAUAAAAAAAUCAUCAAAAAGCCAAUGGUAGUAAUGGAAAUACAAAAGAAAAGUGAAACUUUAUCUCUUGAGCCAGUGAAAAAUUCUCUCAAUGGAAUAAUAAAAACUGAAGUACCAACGAAUGAUGGUAAUCAUUCUGAAAUGGAGGAAUCUGUCGAUAUGGAUGAACCACUUGCAUUGGAGGCAUCAUCUGAUAUGGAAGGUCUUUUGGAAGCUGCCAAUUCAACAAUGGAUGAUAUUCGCGAGCAAAAUGAUGGUUUAGAGUCAGAAACAAUUUCCCCAUCAUCGAAAGAUGAAUUUUCACAAGCGGAAAAAAUGGAAAUAGUGAAAGAAAAGGAGAUUGUAAUCGAAUGUGUGGAAAAAAGUUCGAACGGGACUACAAUGGAGGAAAUAUCAAAUGCUACUGAAAUUUUACAAAAAAUUCCAAAUGUGACUGAAAAUUUGAAAGCCAAGGAAAUUUUAGAAACAAAUGAGACAUUAGAACCAAAGGAACAAUUGAGUGGAACUGAAAAUUUAGAACCAAAGGAAACUCAAAUUGAUACUGAAACUUUGGAAACAGAAACAUUGGCCGUUACUGAAACUUUAGAAUCAAGGGAAACUGAAAAUAUAGGAGAAAAAUUGCAUGAGGAAAAAGUUUCAGAACCAAGUGAAAUUGAAAAAAAAUUAGAAUCACAAGAAAGUUCUGAUCUUGAUGAAAGUUUAAAUUUAAUUGAUAGUUUUGGUUUCGAGGACACUGAUACUUUACAAAUUGACACAAGUGUGAGUUGCAAUUUAACGGCAAAAUCAGAGAAGGAGAUUUUAAUUACAGAAAAUUCAGAAACGAGAGAUAUUUCCAAAUCGUUGGAAAAUUCUGAUGAAAAACAAUUUGACGCGUAAAUUUUUGCGAAUUGAAAAAUAUUAAGCGUGAAUGUUUACUAGCCUGAUAAUUAUAAUAAUAAUAAUAGUAAUAAUAAUAAUAAUUAAGAUCGCGAUUUUUUUAUUCAUAUAUUAUUUAUUUUCUCGCAAAAUGUAAAAUAUUUCUUUUCGUAAUAUAAAAUAGUAUAAGAUUGUUAAAAAAAAAUUAGAAACAGGCUUUUAGAGUCUCAAAUAAGAAUGUAAUUUGCUAAUUUUUUUCUUCAAAAAUUCAAUUGCAAACUACAUUUUUAAUCCAGACUUUUUUUUAUUUUUCAUUAUUUAAUCAUUUUAACAUUAUUCUUUCUUUAUUACUAUUGUCAUUCAUUUCUCGACUAUUGAAAAAAAAUUUAAUGUCGAGAGAAAUGUAUUUUUGACUGAUAAAUCAAAUUGCAUUGAGUUAAGGUGACAUUGACGAAACAGAAUUGACAUGAUUAUCAAAUAAAAUAAUUAAAGAAAUGAAAAAAUUCAUAUUGUCAAUAAACAAUUAUUAUUAUCUGUUCAUUUCGAGGAAAAAGUUGUUGAAAACUAGAAUUUGUUAAAGAUAGAGAAGAGAUUAGGAGACGAACAAAGUGAAUAUAUAUUAAAAGGUAUGUUUGACAAAAAAAAAAAAUUGUUCAAUUCACUUGUAAUCCUAUAAUAUAUUGUCUACACUGAAAUAUAUAUCCUUUGUCAAUUGUUAUUCACAAUUUUUUUUUUUUUUUUUUAUUUUUGAGUUGUGCUGGGAAUAAUCAUAAAUAAUUAUAAAAAAAAACGAAGACAUAAUAUUGUUCUACGUGACCAUACUGUGUUAUAUUAGAUUUAUGCGACUCUAAUAUUUAUAUGAAAAAAAAAAUGUGAUUUAACUUCGAUAUUGAUGAUUUUUUUUUAAAGUCGAGAGAGAAAUCAUACCUGAGUCGAAAUUUAAGUACCUUGAAUUUUUAGGGUUUAUUAAGUUUCAGCAAUUGUAAAGUAGGUUGUAAUUUUAAUUAUAUUUAGAUCGUCUUUUGACUCAAAAAAUCGGGGACCGUUUUUUCUAUGAAAAGGCGUAAAGUAGAAUUUAAAAAGAUUUGAAAAAUUGAAAAAAUAAUAAUAAUUAAUACCUAAUAAUUUAAAAAAAUUUCGAAAGAUCUUCUCAGAUGUUAAUUCAAGCACUACAUAUGGCUAAAAGUCAAAAAUGUGUUUAAUAAACUAUUAUAUAAAUUAUAUAUGUUAUAUAUAUAAAAUUAUAUACUUAUAAUUAUAUAAUUAUUAUUAUACACUAUUAUAUAUUGUAUAAACAGUAUUAAACACAUUUUAGUCAUUUGUAGUGUUUCAUUUAAGAUCUUAGCAAAUUUUUCGAAUUUUUUUUUUAAAUUCCAGGGUCUACACUGAAAAAAAAAUUUAAACAAUUGGUUAGUUGAUUAUUAUCAAACAAAUAUUUACUUGGACCAAAUAUAAUUUUUAUUUGAAUUAAAUAAAUUGUAUUUGAACCAAUAAUUUCUGUAUUUGAAACAAAUACCAUUUAAUUAAUUCUAAUAAUUAUUUAAUACAAAUAAAUAUUUGAUAAUAGUCAAGUAACUAUAAUCAUUUCUAUAUCUUGAAUUCAGCUUCAAAAAUGGGCUGAAAUCAAGUAUUUUUUUUUAGUGUAUACUUUAUGUCUUUCUAUGUAAAAAAGAUAAAUUUGCCCUGAUUUUUAGAAUCAAAAUAGGACCGAAAUGUAUUGGAAAUUAGAAUCUACUUGACGACUACUAAAAUCAAAUAGAUCCUAAAAAUCAUGGUCAUAGUGAUUAAAUUUCUACCUGGGACACAUAAUAUAUAAAUUGCUACUGGUAAAAAUCAUCAGUUUUGAAAAUAAUAUAUAUCUCUAUCAUUAACGAAAACCAAAGUUAAAGAAGUUGCUGGUAGCAUUAAAAAAAAAGACGAAAUUUAAAAUUCCUUGUAUAUUUGUUACUUAUUACUUUCUUCGCUAAUUUUCUCAUUACAGUAUAUUUUUUUGUUGUUGUAAAGGUUCUAUACUUUUUGCUUAACAUUACAGUAUUAAUUCUUUAUUUUUGAAACAAUGAGUGGCGAUGAAGAAAUUAAUAAAAUAAAAUUUGUUGGUCUAUAUAAUAAUUGUUGUUUACUGAAAAAAAAAAAAAAAAAAAUUGUGAAUGACUAGGUAACUAAAUAGAAAAUAGGAAAAGAAAAAAAAAAGAAUGAGAAAGUUUGUGUGAAAUGUUGUUGCAUAUUUUUUUUUUGCUAAUUUAAUUGCAUUUUUAUUAUAAUUACCAAGACGUCAACAAUUUUUAUUUACUACGAAAAUCCGUUCAGAAAAUGUGUUUUUUACGAUCUAAGAGCAACAUAUAUAUAUAUGAAUGAAAAAAAAACAUGCCACUGGUUGCAAACGAUAUAAAUAUUUUUUUAUAUAUACAUGUAAAUGUUGGAUUACAAUGUGUAAAUAUAGGCAGGUUUAGUGAUAAAAUGUAAAAA